AUGAGGGAGCGUUCUUCCUGGAAACUGGGGCUGCUACUGGCCUGGCUCCUUCAUUAUAUCCCCUUUCUUUCAGCAUCAAGUCUGGAUAUGCUGGUGGAUGCAGCCUUGAUGGUGGAGGCAGAGAGGCCGGGCAGAAGUGAGAAUGAUCGAAUGGAUCGAGAUCAGGCAGUCAAGAUCGAGACACGGGAGCAAGACAACCCUGAGGAGGCUGGGCCACCAAGCUUCAUUGGAAACGGCCCAACAGAGCAGAACAUGAAUGUGCCCCUCGUUGGCACUCUUGUCAGGAAAAACCCAAGUCGAAAGGAUAAAGAGAUAAGCUCAUUUGAUGGUGUUGUCGGACGAAUAUUGGACGGGAACACUGGAUCGAAAAACAAGCCAUCAUCCCUCGAACGACUGAGCCGAAUGGCCGAGCCAAAAGCAUCAAGUGAUAGAGAUGAACAUCGCGUUAGGAGUCAGAGUCUGUCCUUGUCUCGUGUGCCGCCUGGGCACAUCCAAGAAGACCAUCAACAACCGGCCUCCAAACGUCAAAAGGUCAACCUUGAGUGGUCCACUUGGGGUCGAGUUGCAACUAGCCAGCUGCAACGCUCAUCAACUUCUGAAUCCCAAAAAUCGCUUACCAUUGGUAUCUCGCCCUGCUUCAUCCUUCCAAAUCAUUCAUACCAAGAAUGCACCUUGAGAGGUCGAAUGGUCCCCAACUGA